AUGUCCGUUCACUGCCAGCAGAGCCCGGUGCUGGCAGGCAGCGCCACUUUGGCCGCUCUGGGGGCACUGGUCCUGUACCUCGCGAAGCCCUCCGGCUACGGGAAGUACUCGGAGAGCCUGAUGCCCGCCGCCACCCGCCUGCCCGCGCGCGCCGCCUGGUUCCUGCAGGAGCUGCCCUCCUUCGCGGUGCCCGCGGGGAUCCUCGCCCGGCAGCCGCGCUCGCUCUUCGGCCAGCCCGCGACGGUGCUCCUGGGCCUCUUCUGCGCACAUUACUUCCACAGGACCUUUGUUUACUCAUUGCUCACUAGAGGGAGGCCUUUCCCAGCUGCGUUUCUUGUCAGAGGCUUUGUCUUCUGCAUGGGAAAUGGACUGCUCCAAGCCUACUAUCUGGUUUACUGUGCUGAAUACCCUGCUGAGUGGUACACAGACGGACGGUUUAGCCUGGGUGUCUUCUUAUUUAUUUUGGGAAUGGGAAUCAACAUUCAUAGUGACUACAUAUUGCGCCAGCUCAGGAAGCCUGGAGAAGUCAUCUAUAGGAUUCCGCAAGGUGGCUUGUUUACGUAUGUUUCCGGAGCCAAUUUCCUUGGUGAGGUCAUUGAAUGGACGGGCUAUGCCCUGGCCACUUGGUCCCUCCCAGCACUUGCGUUUGCGUUUUUCUCACUUUGUUUCCUGGGGCUGCGAGCCUUCCACCACCACAGGUUCUACCUCAAGAUGUUUGAGGACUAUCCCAAAUCUCGGAAGGCCCUCAUUCCAUUUAUUUUUUGAAGAAACCAGAUAAAGAAGGAACUAAAAGCUCCUACAUGACUGUUGAACACCAUCAAGCUGAUGAGCCUGUAACUUUUAAAGUUCCAGUGUCUAUCUAUACCAGGAGGCCUCUUGUGUUCUGACAGCCGGCCUGGAGAUUCUGUGAGGUGGCUAUUUCAUGUGUCCUGCACCCUCCCGGGGUCUCUCUCCUGAUCUCCUGUUGUUGCUUCCACAAGGCUCUUCUCCACACAGAGGCAUCUGUCUGCUCUUUAUCUAGUCCUCCUAGAAAGUGCAAAACUUCCCUAUGCCUUUUCUUCUUGGGGUGAUCUAAGUACAUGUGGCCUAACACCUGCUUUGUGUCAAUGUAAGACAGCCCUGUGGCCGGGGAAGUUUUCAGUUGAGGGCAGUGUUUGUAGAAUUUAUUAAAGGUACAUAUUUUACGCCCAUACAAAUGAGCAGAUAUUGAAAUUCUGGAGCUGCAUGGACCCCGAGCAAAUCUACUCCCAAAUGAAAACCCAGUCACACUUUCCUCUCCCUCAGUUAAUUAUGAAAGAUGUGAGAUGAUGAAGUGGACUUUUAAUAGAGGAGCCCUCUCUUCAUAAUUGCUGAAGGUGCAAGGAGGCAUUGACCCCAUUUCAAAUUUGUGCAUUGUCUCAGUGCCUCUGGCUUCCUGAAGUUUCCAGGAUCCCUGUCAGAGAUAUCCCAGAAAACUGGUGUGGGGUUUAUUGAAGGUCAGGUUUCUUGACCACAAAGAGAGAGGCCUGACUCUGGUUGGCGACUGAGAUAGUAAAAAAGUGUUUUACAGUAGACACUGCCCGCUCUGAUAUUCUUGGAAACCUGUGGAAAUAUCCAAAUAAUGAGAGAGUGUCAAAGAAGGGAAAUGACUGAGCAAGAUCAUAGGUUGCUUGCCUGGACAGGAAGUUUCAAGUGACACGGAAGCAUUUCAGAAGUGCUCGGCAACUUUUCUUCUAUUUUUUCAUGGCAAGUCCUCAACAUUUCCUAGGGGCAGCCUGAACAUCAGUCCUCCAAGUCCCUAAGGGCGCAGGCUGAAAGCCACCACCAGAGGCCUGUGGCUGGCAGAAAACCUCUUUUGUUUGGCUCAGUCAGACAGGGAUUCAACACAUAGUUUGACUUUCUUUUUUUUUUUUUUUUAACAUUAGAAGUUUCCAAAAUUUCAAAGUUAGGUCUCUACAUUUCAGUUUCCCUUGAAACGUUGGAGGCUGUGGGCCCACGGAACCUGCUAAGAGUGGGGACUGAUCAGCUAGUCCGUAUUAGAAUUUGCAGCCUUGGUGGAGGGGUCACCCUAGGUGGGUCCUCAGACACUGGGCUCUUUAAGGGAGGGGCUGAACACUCAGAAUCAGAAUAUAGGAAAACAUUUAUCCCCUCAGGUUCAGGUUCAUGGCAAGCGUCGGUCAUGUUUAGCAAGCCCUUUUGGGAAAUGAACACCAAUUUUAUCAGGUGAGGUGCUAAGUACAGAAAUUCACUGUAUAAGAAACAAGACGUUUGAAAGGUCUGAGGAUGAUAUAUAUAACUGAAAAAUACAAACUGUAAUCAUAUAAAUGUUUUUCUGGUUUUUUUGUUUAUUAAAUGCCUCUCAAAUCACGGAUAUUAAGUAAUUUUGUUUGAAUUGAAAGAUCCCUGGGCUCAUGAGGAUUUUUAUAAGGUGUUGAGUUGUGGAGCUGUGGGGUUUUUGUUGUUGUUGUUUGCAUUUCUUUCUUUCUUUCUUUCUUUCUUUCUUUCUUUCUUCCUUCCUUCCUUCCUUCCUUCCUUCCUUCCUUCCUUCCUUCCUUCCUUCCUUUCUUUCUUUCUUUCUUUCUUUCUUUCUUUCUUUCUUUCUUUCUUUCUUUCUUUUUAAAAAAGUAUUGCUUCCUUUUUGCUCUUCUCUCUUCAUUUUGUCAACUUGAAAUUAGGGGCUCUCAGUUGAAAACAAAAGAUAAAUAUAACUUAAAUGGUUUCUCAACCACAGCUCAGAACUGCAAACAGGUGUAGGAAAGGUGCUGGAGAAUGUACUAAGGCUAGAUGCCAUCCCUAAUAUCUUAGUGACAUAAAUCUUAAGGUGUAGCUUGGGCUCUGUGAAAUAAAAGACUUCCAAUUCUCUCCAUGACAUUGAAAACUGCCUUUAUUAAAACCUUUAUCUUAUUACCAUAUAAAAUAUCUGGGCCAGUCCUUGAAAUAUAGUAAGUGCUCAAUGAACGGCAGCUCCUUUUUGCCCAGUAGGUGCAAUCUCGGGACAAAACUGCCAUUCAGUGAUUGCAUUUUUUUUUUUUUUUUUGCCACAAGAGGGUGCUCUCUAGAAUUUUUAGGCCAACCCUGAUUUAAUAAGGUAAUUUACAUAUUUGGAAAUUGAAAAAACCCUAUUGUCCUUUCAAGUUUACAUGAUCGUGAACCUUGCUUUUUAAAAAUUUAUUUAUGUUUUAGUCUGACGUGGGGCUCGAACUCAUGACCACGUGAUCAAGAGUGCCACACUCUACCAAAUGAGCCAGCCAGGUGCCCCUCAUGUGGACCUUCUUAAUUUAAGCAUAGUGUAGAAUAAAAUUCACAUAAUCUUAACUCUUCCCUUGAUAGCUGAGGUAUUCUCAGUGCUCUAAGGCCAUUGUUUUCAACCCGUUUUCUCUGUCUGGGCUAGAAUAUGUAUGCAGAUUGAGUACAAUAAAAGUCUGAAGGGAAGAUGUGCUCAUCCCUAAACGUAUUUCCCUUUUCUCCUAAAACUAGAAUGCUACGAAGAUAUGGCUAAUUUAGGUUUCUGUGGAGUGGUUUUUGAAACCAGGGACUAAAAUAUGACAGUGGCUUCUUACUAAAUUUUCUUACUAAAAUUUUCUUGGAGGGAAUGUUUUCCUACUGACCUUGUAGAAGAUGUUGUAGUGUUCUGUUUGUCUUCAGAAUUAAAGAGCUGAAGCACAUUUAAGACAUCCACUAGUCCCACCCCUUCAUGUAAUAGAUGGAGAUGCUGAGACCCACAGUGUUGAAGUGCCUCCCAGGGUCACAUAGCUGGUCAGAACAGCCAUCCUCCCUUAUCCCUUUAAGGAUCAGAAGUCUAUCUUCUCAGGGCAUAGCAGGCUUUUAGAAGAGAGACCUAGCACAGCCUAGAGAUGGGUGUGAAUUUAAGGCCUGAACACACUCAUUCACUCUGCAGUCAUUUAUUAUUUAAAAUAUGGAAAAUGGUAAGGGGUGGGAGGAUAUUGUUGAGACAUGAUUCUUGCCCUUUAAGGGUCGCCAUUUAGAUUUCUGAAGAACUCAUGCAGGAGAAAAAUAGCCAGAGAUUCAGAAAUCUACCAAUUGUCAUGUCCAUUUUGUGGGAUCUGUUGCCCUCACUCUGUGGAGAGGAUCAGGCUAUACCCUAUCAUGAACCUAUUUCAUAAAACAAAGGUGUAGUAGAGAUCAUGCUGUAGAAGAGAUGACAGUUGUGUUCAGUCUGAAGAAGCUUCAAGUCACAAGUUCCCUUUACCCCCAAGGCUUAUCUCCCAAAGGCGCAUCACUGGCUGUCCUGCAUUCAAAAAGGAAAAAAAGACCUCUAAUGAGUACUUUGCAAUUAAAUAGUGAUUUAGGUGGUCUAACCCUUUCAGGAACAAAUAAAUAAGCCUAUGGUUUUACUGCCUUGCAGUUUUUCAAUAGCUGCCUUGACUUUUUGUGGUAACCUUAUGGUAAUCUCACCAAGAAUCAAAGGAUAAAGCUCUUGGCACGUGAAGGAAUGGAUUGAAGAGUCAUUUCCUUUUUGCCUGGCCUUUGAUUCUCUAAUAGACUGUGGGCUGAGGUCCAGGCAAAGCAAAUAAGCGAGGGUAACAAUAAAUGUUAAGCAAAACCUUCUAGAAAAGGCUGUUGAUUGUUUUAUAGCAUCUAUAUUAUCCCAUGAUAAAAGAAAGAGGCAUGGUGCCAGAUGGUAAUGUGGGUGCUUGGAUGAUUUAAUAGCCACUGAGUGGAUUUAAUUUCUAAGAGAUUUGCUCAUUCUCUCUGUAAGUCCAUUAAACUGUGAUCUUAA